AUGUCCACCGCUCAAACUCCCAUCCCCUUUUCCAGGGAUGCCUUGGAACAAGUCUUGAAGAGAAGAUUUUUCUUUGCCCCCUCCUUCGAAAUCUACGGAGGUGUUUCCGGAUUGUACGACUAUGGUCCACCAGGAUGCGCUUUACAAGCCAAUGUGGUUGAUACCUGGAGAAAGCAUUUUAUUUUGGAAGAAGAUAUGUUAGAAGUUGACUGUUCAAUGUUGACUCCUCACGAGGUGUUGAAGACUUCUGGUCAUGUCGACAAGUUUGCUGAUUGGAUGUGCAGAGACUUGAAAACUGGAGAAAUUUUUAGAGCUGACCACUUGGUGGAAGAAGUCCUUGAAGCCAGAUUGAAGGGUGACAAGGCUGCCAGGGGCCAAGAUGUUAGCGAGGUGGAAGAGGAUGAAGAUAAGAAAAAGAGAAAGAAGAAGGUCAAGGAAAUCAAGAAUGUCAAGUUGGAUGAUGAAGUUGUCAAGGAAUAUGAGACGAUUUUGAACCAAAUCGAUGGGUUUUCAGGACCUCAGUUGGGUGAAUUGAUCACCAAGUACAACAUCACCAACCCUGCCACUGGGGGACCUUUGGAGCAACCAGUCGAGUUUAACUUGAUGUUUGAAACUGCCAUUGGUCCUUCUGGUCAAUUGAAAGGAUACUUGAGACCAGAAACUGCCCAGGGCCAAUUCUUGAACUUUUCCAAGUUGUUGGACUUCAACAAUGAGAAGAUGCCUUUUGCUUCUGCCUCUAUUGGUAAGUCUUUCAGAAACGAGAUUUCUCCUAGAGCUGGUUUGUUGAGAGUUCGUGAAUUCUUGAUGGCCGAAAUUGAACAUUAUGUUGACCCAGAGGACAAGAACCAUCCAAGAUUCGAUGAAAUUAAGGAUGUCAAGUUGAAAUUCUUACCCAAGAGCGUUCAAGAAGCUGGUUCCAAUGAGUUAAAAGAAGUCUCUGUUGGUGAUGCUGUUGAAUCUGGAAUGGUCGACAACCAAACCUUGGGUUACUUCCUUGCUAGAAUCUACAAGUUCUUGCUUAAGAUUGGAGUCGAUAAAAACAGACUUAGAUUCAGACAACAUUUAUCCAACGAAAUGGCUCAUUACGCCGCUGACUGUUGGGAUGCCGAAUUACAAACCUCCUACGGUUGGAUUGAAUGUGUUGGUUGUGCUGACAGAUCGGCGUACGAUUUGUCUGUUCAUGCUGCUAGAACCAACGAGAAGUUGGUGGUGAGAAAGGCCUUGGAUGCCCCCGUCACUGUGGAAAAGUUCGAAGUUGACAUCGAGAAGAAGAAGUUUGGUCCUACAUUCAGAAAGGACGCCGGUAAGGUUCAAGACUGGUUAUUGGCUAGAACUCAAUGUGAGUUGGAGGACUUGUCUAAGGAAUUGAAGGACAAUGCUAAGAUUGUGUUUAAGGUGGAUGGAAUCGAGCAAGAGGUUGAAUUGGACGAAACUUUUGUCAAGAUUGGUAAAGUAACCAGAACCGAACACAUCAGAGAAUUCACUCCUAAUGUCAUUGAACCAUCUUUUGGUAUUGGUAGAAUUAUCUACUCUAUUUUUGAACACCAGUUCUGGGCCAGACCCGAAGACACCGACAGAUCCGUGUUGUCUUUACCUCCUUUGGUUGCUCCUACCAAAGUAUUGCUUGUGCCAUUAUCUUCGAAUGCUGAAUUACAGCCAAUGGUGAAGAGAGUCACCAACUUCUUGAGAAAGGAACAAAUUCCAUUCAAGGUAGAUGAUUCUUCUACUUCUAUUGGUAAGAGAUACUCCAGAAACGAUGAAUUGGGUACUCCAUUUGGUAUCACCAUCGACUUUGACUCUAUCAAGGACGACUCUGUCACCUUAAGAGAAAGAGAUUCUACCAAGCAAGUCAGAGGUUCUUUCGAAGACGUGAUUAGGGCCAUCAAGGAGAUCACCUAUAAUGGCGUGUCAUGGGCUGAAGGGACCGCUAAACUCACCCCAUUUGAAUCACAAUCUAGUGAGUAG